CAGAUAUAAAGUCACUGUAGAGUGUAUGUGAACAUACAAUCUUCAGUCGAGAGCUGUCAGAUUCUAACAAUCCAAGAUGUUGUCCGUUAUGUGUGGAUUUCUUUUGUUGAACACCGGAUUUGUGGCGUCUUCGUAUAACACAUUUUUGAAAAAGUUUGAUGUUCAACCAUUGGUGGAACAAGCCGAUGAGGACGAUGUUUCCACGUGGACCGAUCACAGCAAUUUUCUCGAAUGCGCAUAUCCUACCGAUUGUACAGUAAUACAGAAAUGUAAUCACACAAAGAGCGGCGUGUACCGAGUGUUUCCGUUCGGAGUGGGAAAAGGCUUCCUUGUGUACUGUGACUUGGUGACACAGGGUGGUGGAUGGCUGGUGUUCCAAAGACGACAAGAUGGCUCUGUUGACUUCUAUCGUAACUGGCAGAAUUACACUGAUGGCUUUGGUAACCUUUACGGGGAGUUCUGGUUGGGCCUGCAGAAGAUUCACCUCCUGACCUCUCAGGCGCACUUUAAACUCCUCGUGAAUCUGGGAAACUACACCUUGGAAACGGGUUACGCUUCCUACAGCAGAUUUCGAGUAGCAGACGAGACUCAAAACUUCCGGCUUUUACUGGGCACGUUUAAGGGAAAUAUCGGUGACUCCUUGGCUUACCACAAUGGCUUGGAGUUUUCGACAUAUGACAGAGAUAAGGACUACAGCAGUAAGAACUGUGCUACGGAUUUUCAUGGGGCCUGGUGGUACGGUAGUUGUCAUCACAGCAAUCUCAAUGGGUUGUAUGUUGAUGUGCCGGAGAAGUCCAAGAAAAAUAGUUCAUUCGUCACAUGGCGCCAAUGGUCGUCUCAAUAUCUCCCUCUUCAGUUCAGCGAGAUGAAGAUACGCCCGGUGAAAAUCCACUAAAUUUACUAUACUCAUGGCUUUUUUACAAACAAUGGGCGAAACUAGGUCAAAAGUUUGUGGUAAUUGUUCCUUUUAAACUUUCAGUUGACCUUUCCUUUUUGCUUUUCUUUUCCUUUUGUUAACCUUUUCAAACGAUUUUUAAAGCAAAAAAUGUGUCAUAACUCAGUAUGGCUUAUACUAUAUUUUAUCAUAUUAGUGCCAGGAAUUUCGGACUACAGAAAUAUAGUAUGUCGUAAGGCUAAUGACAAUAUGUCCUAUGGCCAGGAAACCACAUACGGACUAUCUAAAUUUUUAAAGGAGAAAGCACAAAAAUGAUUAUAAAUUUUAGAAGGAACUAUUUACAAAACAUCAGCCUUUUCUGUAGUCGACAUAACACUGGUAAUUGUAGAUUUCUGAAACAUAAUGAAGGAGACGCGAGAGUCGAGUUCAUUGUUUUUCAAGAACCUACAGUUACGAGUGUUUUCUCCUACUUAAACGACACCUUGGACCCGUGUAAUAAUUGUACAUUAUCUUUCAAGAAUUGACAGUUUACGUAUGUGCAAAACAACACAAAUACUUGGUGAACGCGGUUAGUCAGAUUUCCAUAGAAUAUCUUUUGUAUAAAAUAAAACAAGACAUUUUGCAUGCGAAGCUGCGUAACUUUUGUGCCGCCAGGCGUGUCAUGUUAGAAGUCACUGGGAUAAGUUGACGUAAAUUUCGUGAGCCAAAGCCUCUGUAACUGAAUGUCCAGCCAGGUAUGAAAGAGGACCAGUUUCCCUCGCCCGGCGAUGAAGGCCUUUCAGAUCGCUAAGUGGAAUUGAAUCCGGUCAGAUAAAGAAUUGACGUCAUAACGAAAGUAUAAAGUCGGCUAAAAGGAGAAGGUUGUACGACCACCGCGGAUAGUUCAGCGAGGUAUUUAGAGCUUCGUGUUCGUGGGUUCGAAUUCUGCUCUACCGUACACCAAACGAAGAAGCACUAAGAUGGUGCAAGUUUUCACCACUGAAACCGCUAACGCCAAAGUGCAGAUUAUUUAAAAAUAAUCAGCUGAUCAGACAAUAGCGUGACGUCACAUCUGUCGUUUAACAAACUGGGGAGUAUAUCCAUACCUUCCCGUCACACCGGUAAAGCACAAUUUUACUGUAUCCCAAACAUCCCACAAAUCCCCAUAAAAAAACUCGCUUUAUUGUGGAGUCGAGAAGCUGUAUCCCCAAAAUUGUACCUCCUCUCUUAAAAGCACUACAGGAACAUCUAGGUCUUAAAGAAAGGCACUGCAAGAAGUAGUCGUUUUGGAAUAAUCACCUUUGUGCAAUUGCCCAAAAUUCAGGCGUGAAGUGUGUAGGGGAUCUUCAAAAGUCGAAACGUGUUACUGUAGAGCUAGAGGCUCAGAUACACGUACAGUAUAAGGACAUCUCUAUAUUACUAUUCUGCACACAAAUUUAAUUGAUAGAAUUUCAUUAUAUUAUAUCUAUUGUUUAACCCUAUCAGAAGAAUUACAGACUUGCUGUUGACAGUUCCUACAUAUUUCUCCUUCCAUUACUUGCAACAGUUGUCAUUACAUGACAUGAUUUCUUACAGCAAAUUGUUGAUGAUGCAGUGUUCAGGAUUCAGAAGUCACUUCAGUUUUGCAUUGUUUUCAUGUUAAUGAAAUUCCUUCGUACAGUUUUAAUGUUAUUCUAGAUUAAAUGUGAUGACAUUACAACAUUUGGACUUGACACCGUUGUACAUGUAAGUGCUUUAGUAUUUGUAUGGGUAUUGCUAUCCUUUCUUGUUAAACUUAAGUACGUUAGUAAUUGUAUAAGUCUUGUCAUCUGUUCUUGUUAAACCUAAUAAAUUGUUGAAAU